UCAUGUAGUCAUGUACGAAAUUGAGAAAUUCUGAAUUCCGAAAGUGGUACUCUAACUUGUAGUUUUCAAACAAAUAUUGAAAAUUGUAAUGAGCCAGUGUAACUUUCAUAUCUCGUUUUAGAAACAUAAUUCUCAAAUCUAUCAUCUAUAUUAGCUAUUAAGUACCUUCAUCAUUUUAGUCAAAAAUUCUAAACAAAUGUUCAAUGAUAUAAAAUAUUUUUAAUAGUUAGGUAAUUAGUAUUUCUAGUAUAAUAUUCAGUCAGACAGUAUUAUAUUUGAAUAAUUAAGUUUUCCAGCAUAAAUUUAUCAUGUCGUUUAAUAGAGUUGAGGAAGAAUCGUUUAGCACAACUUUUGAUAUUGGAUCAUUACCUAAACACUAUGAAUUUAAUGAAUUUAUAUCAGAUGAAGAUACAGAAUCAGACAGAGAUGAUUUACCACGACUUGUACUUAUGGGCUUAAGAGGGAGUGGGAAAACUUCCAUACAGAAAGUCGUUUUUCAAAAAAUGUCACCGAACGAAACCUUAUUUAUUGGAAGUAAUAAUUCAAUGUUAAAAGAUGUUGUUAAUAAUUCAGCAUUUGUGAAUUUUCAAAUUUGUGACUUUCCUGGUCACUUUGACUUUACUGAUUCUGAAUAUGAUGUACAAUCUAUACUUCAAGGAUGCCAAUCACUUGUAUUUGUAAUUGAUGCUCAAGAUGCUAUAGCUAGUGCACUUAAUCGUUUACAUUCAGUUGUAACAAAAGCCUACAAAAUAAAUAAGAAUAUAAAGUUUGAAGUUUUCAUUCAUAAAGUAGAUGGACUCACAGAAGAUACUAAAAUGGAAACUCAAAGAGAAAUCCACCAAAGAGCUAAUGAUGAUCUUGUAGAUUCAGGAGACGAACAAAAAAUAUAUAUUAGUUUCCAUUUGACGUCAAUUUAUGACCAUAGCAUAUUUGAAGCAUUUAGUAGAGUUGUGCAAAAAAUGAUUCCUCAUUAUGCAACUCUUGAAAAUUUUCUGAACAUCAUUAUAUCAACGUCUGGAAUUGAAAAAGCUUUUUUAUAUGAUGUGAAAACUAAAAUAUAUGUAGCAACUGAUUCAUCACCGGUCGAUAUUCAAAGUUAUGAACUUUGUUGUGAUAUGAUUGAUGUUGUUAUAGACUUAUCAAAUAUUUAUGGGUUGGGCGAAAAUCCAGGAUUAAUGAAUGAUCCAGCUUUCGAUGAUCAAAGUUCAAGUCUAAUUAAACUAAAUAAUGGUACAAUUUUAUAUUUAAGAGAGGUAUGCAGUUUUUUGGCACUUGUAUGCAUACUAAGAGAAGAUAACUUUGAAAAACAAAGAAUUAUAGAUUAUAAUUUUGUGAUUUUACGAAAAGGUAUACAUAAACUUUUUGAAUUAAAAGAUAAAGAAAAAGAAAGUAUUGAACCCAGAAAGCCACCAUCAUAUAAGUAAUUAAUAAUUUAAUUUACUUAUGUUUGAAUAUUAUACCUAUUACUACAAUUUUACUUUAUUUUAUGAUAUUAUGUAAGUUUAUAUUUAAUUAUUUAUAAAAACAAUUUAGGUAAUCAUUGUAAAACUUUUAAAACUAAAAUUGUGUAAUAAAACAAAUAUAAAAUUAAUAAAUUAUCAUUAGUUGGUUUUAUAAAUAACAUUUUUUGUACAUUAAUUAUUAUUUAAGCAAGGAAUUAUUUUGCCACAUUAAAACAGAAUAUUUUUCCUUAAUAUGAAUACUAGUAUUAUAUUACAAUAUGAAGGGUAUUCAUAGAAUAUGUACUUUUAUUUUUUAUAAUCACUAUUAUAGUAUCCAUGUACUAAUA